AUGCGACGUGCCACAUCGCUGCUCCUCGCGCAGCACAAGCCCUUCUCCUUUCUUUCGCCGUCCACUGCUCCGCGCGGCAAUAAGAAGUUUGCGGUCGAUCUCCUCGUGCAGAAGAACAACGCGGUCGCGGCGCCUUGGGUGACGAACGCACAGUUGGGCGCCCCGCCGCGCUCCGCCGACCACCCGCGAAGCGUGCCUGGGCUGGUGUGCAUCGGACGCCUCGACGCCGACACCACGGGGCUCAUGCUCUGGACGGACGACGCCGACAUGGCGCGGCGCGUGAUGUCCGCCGACAGCGGGGUGGAGAAGGAGUACCUGGUCCGCGUAAAGGGCCACGAGGCGUGGGACGAGCGGCGGCGCGAGCGGACGACGCGCCUCCUCGCCCACGGGAUGGCCAUCGACGGCGUGCCACUCCAUCGCGCGACCGCCGGCUGGCUGAACGGCGAGCAGCUGCGGGUCGUGCUGACCGAAGGCAGGCACAGGCAGGUGCGGAAGAUGUGCGACAUGGUGGGCCUGGAGGUGCUAGCGCUCAAGCGCGUCCGCAUCGGCCCCAUCCGCCUGGGCGGGCUCCGAACCGGGCAGUGGUCCGCCCUCCCCUCCCACCUGCAGAGGCGUCUCUGGGCUGCCGCGGUCGGGCAGGACGCGCCGGGCGACGGGUCGGUGCCGGGCGGGAGCAGCAGAGAGUGCGCGAUCCCCGCAGAGGGAACGCUGCCCAAGCGCAGAAAUAGCACUCGGGUGACCUCGAGCCGGGUGGUGAAUGAGGUAGUGAUAUGACUGACCUGAUGCUCGUACGAUAGCAGCUGCCCUCGCGUCAGUGCGCGCGCGCCGCGAUGGCGAGCCUCCUCCGUUUUGCGUUCCCGUUCGUUACUUUCCUGAGUAUUAUAUUCUUACGUACC